AUGCCGGUUAUGAAAGGAUUACUGGCGCCCCAGAACACCUUCCUCGACACCAUCGCCACCCGUUUUGACGGAACACACAGCAACUUCAUCCUUGCGAAUGCCCAGGUGGCUAAGGGGUUCCCCAUAGUCUACUGUUCGGAUGGCUUCUGUGAGCUCGCUGGAUUCGCCCGGACUGAAGUCAUGCAGAAGAGUUGCAGCUGCAAAUUUUUAUUUGGAGUUGAAACCAAUGAGCAGCUGAUGCUUCAAAUAGAAAAGUCACUGGAGGAGAAAACGGAAUUCAAAGGAGAAAUUAUGUUCUACAAGAAGAACGGGUCUCCAUUUUGGUGCCUAUUGGAUAUUGUUCCUAUAAAGAAUGAGAAAGGAGAUGUGGUACUUUUUCUGGCCUCAUUCAAAGAUAUAACAGAUACAAAAGUGCAGAUUACUCCAGAAGAUAAAAAAGAAGACAAAGUCAAAGGAAGAUCAAGAGCAGGGACCCACUUUGACUCAGCCCGGAGACGGAGCCGAGCGGUCCUUUAUCACAUCUCUGGGCACCUGCAAAGAAGAGAAAAGAACAAAUUGAAAAUAAAUAAUAAUGUUUUUGUAGAUAAACCAGCAUUUCCGGAGUAUAAAGUUUCCGAUGCAAAAAAGUCCAAAUUCAUACUUUUGCAUUUUAGCACUUUUAAAGCUGGCUGGGACUGGCUUAUUCUGUUGGCAACGUUUUAUGUUGCCGUGACCGUACCUUACAACGUUUGCUUUAUUGGCAACGAUGACCUGUCCACGACUCGGAGCACAACAGUCAGUGACAUUGCUGUGGAGAUUCUUUUUAUUAUAGAUAUUAUUUUAAAUUUCCGAACAACCUAUGUUAGCAAGUCUGGCCAAGUUAUCUUUGAAGCAAGAUCAAUUUGCAUCCACUACGUCACAACCUGGUUCAUCAUUGAUUUAAUCGCUGCCCUGCCUUUUGAUCUCCUGUAUGCUUUCAACGUCACAGUGGUGUCUCUCGUGCAUCUCCUGAAGACCGUCCGGCUGCUGCGUCUUUUGCGUCUCCUGCAGAAGUUGGACCGUUAUUCCCAGCAUAGCACAAUCGUCCUGACUCUGCUCAUGUCCAUGUUUGCGCUCCUUGCACACUGGAUGGCGUGUAUCUGGUAUGUCAUUGGAAAAAUGGAGAGGGAAGACAACAGCCUUCUGAAGUGGGAAGUUGGCUGGCUCCAUGAGUUGGGAAAGAGACUAGAAUCUCCAUACUACGGCAACAAUACCUUAGGGGGCCCGUCCAUCCGAAGUGCUUAUAUUGCCGCUCUGUACUUCACCCUCAGCAGCCUCACCAGCGUUGGGUUUGGGAAUGUCUCUGCUAAUACAGAUGCAGAAAAGAUCUUCUCCAUCUGCACCAUGCUGAUUGGUGCUUUGAUGCAUGCCUUGGUGUUUGGAAACGUGACAGCGAUCAUACAGAGGAUGUAUUCCAGAUGGUCCCUCUAUCACACUAGAACUAAGGAUCUAAAGGACUUCAUACGGGUCCAUCACCUGCCCCAGCAGCUCAAGCAGAGGAUGCUCGAGUAUUUCCAAACAACCUGGUCAGUCAACAAUGGAAUAGAUUCAAAUGAGCUUUUGAAAGACUUUCCAGACGAGCUGCGUUCUGACAUCACUAUGCACUUGAACAAGGAAAUCUUGCAGUUGUCCCUCUUUGAGUGUGCCAGCCGGGGCUGCCUCAGGUCUCUGUCUCUGCACAUCAAAACCUCUUUCUGUGCUCCGGGGGAGUAUCUGCUGCGUCAAGGAGAUGCUUUGCAGGCCAUCUACUUUGUAUGCUCAGGCUCCAUGGAAGUUCUUAAAGACAGCAUGGUGCUGGCUAUUCUUGGGAAAGGGGACUUAAUUGGAGCAAACCUAUCAAUUAAGGACCAAGUGAUCAAGACCAAUGCAGAUGUGAAGGCUUUAACCUACUGUGAUCUUCAGUGCAUCAUCCUCAAAGGACUCUUUGAAGUGCUAGACCUUUACCCAGAAUAUGCUCACAAAUUCAUGGAAGACAUUCAGCAUGACCUCACAUACAACCUUCGAGAAGGUCAUGAGAGUGAUGUGAUAUCAAGAUUAUCGAACAAAUCUACGGUCUCACAGUCAGAGCCCAAGGGAAAUGGCAGCAUCAACAAAAAACUCCCGUCCAUUGUGGAAGAUGAAGAGGAGGAGGAGGAGGGAGAAGACGAGGAGACAGCCUCCCUCUCUCCCAUCUACACAAGGGGAACAUCCUCUGCAUGCAGUAAGAAGGUUGGAAGCAAUAAAAGCUAUCUAGGCCUAAGCUUGAAGCAGUUGGCCUCGGGCACUGUGCCAUUUCACUCACCUAGCAGAAUCUCCAGUUCACCUUCCCCCCAAAACAAACAGGAAACUGACCCCCCUAACCAGGCUAAAAGGAAAGAGAGAAACUUGAAAUUGCAACUGUCAGCUUUGAAUAGCGCUGGACCCCCAGACCUCAGUCCAAGGAUUGUUGAUGGAAUUGAAGAUGGAAACAGCAGUGAGGAAAGCCAGACUUUUGACUUUGGCUCUGAACGCAUCAGGCCAGAGCCCAGAGUUUCCCCUCCUCUAGGAGACCCAGAGAUUGGAGCUGCUGUUCUCUUUAUCAAAGCAGAGGAGACCAAGCAGCAAAUAAAUAAACUCAACAGUGAGGUAACGACAUUGACUCAGGAGGUCUCUCAGUUAGGUAAAGACAUGAGGAAUGUGAUGCGACUUCUAGAAAAUGUUCUGUCGCCCCAGCAGUCGUCACGGUUCUGCUCUCUGCACACCACAUCUGUGUGUCCCUCCAGGGACAGCUUACAGACCAGGAUGACCUGGAGUACGCACCAACCUUGCCUACACUUGCAAGCAGGUGGAGCUGCUUAUACUCAAGCACAACUCUGUCAUGGUAAUGUCACCUCAGACAUUUGGAGUGUUGAUCCCUCCUCUGUGGGGAGCAGCCCCCAGCGAACUGGAGCUCACGAGCAAAAUCCAGCAGACAGUGAACUUUAUCAUUCUCCAAACCUUGAUUAUUCACCUGCCCACUAUCAGGUUGUCCAAGAAGGUCAUCUGCAAUUUUUAAGGUGCAUCUCUCCACAUUCAGAUUCUACACUGACCCCUCUGCAGUCCAUUUCAGCGACUCUCUCGUCCUCUGUCUGCUCCUCCUCGGAAACGUCUUUGCACCUGGUUCUCCCAAGCAGAUCAGAGGAGGGCAGCCUCAGCCAAGGAGCCACGAGUUCCUUCAGUUUGGAAAACUUGCCAGGAUCUUGGGACAGGGAAGGAGCGGCAUCGAUGUCUAUGGAACCUUUGGAGAACUUUCCACUGGAAAUCGUCACAAGCACAGAAGAAAUGAAAGAUAAUAAAGCCAUAAACUUAUGA